AUCAGUUGGUGGUCGUGCUUGAGACGGAGCGGUUGCGAUCCGUAUGCGAUCGCGUUUUUUCCGAGAUAUACCCCGCGCAGCCUGCCCACAAACGUGGCCAGAUAAGAGAAGAUACUACCUUUUCUCGCCGGAAGAUUAUUAUAAAUUAACAAUAACAAGUGCAAACGAGUGAGAAAAAUCGAAGAGGAAAAAGCCAAAAAAAGGGGAGAAAAAUUAACCAAAAUGCAAACGUGUAGAAGAAGAAAAGCCUUAGGCGACUCGGCCACAAUCAUGUGGAGUAGAAUGUGCCUGGCCACUCUCUGCGGAUUACUGCUGCUCGGCAUUCAAAUUGAGCAAGCGGCGUCUGCGCCUGCAGGCGAGGAUGCAGCGGCCACAACGAUGCCACCUUUGGAUGCCACAACAGAUGCCCCAGACGGUGCAGCAGCCACCACAACGCCAGCAACGCCAGCCACUCCAUCUACUCCAUCCACAUCCACAAUUGGCGUAGAACAAAGCAGCAACAUCAGCAGCAUAACCGCCGAGGCGGCGGAUGGUUCAACGACUUCCACUUCCACGACGACAACCACUGAGGCGGCCAACAAAUCGAAUGCAGACGAAACUGAGUUCACCACAAUUUUACCGGUGCCGAGCAGCCUGCCAGGGGAGACCAGCAUGCGAUCGACGAGCAUUGAGCCCAUCACCUCCACGGAGCCCACGACAACGUCUCGCCAGGAGGUCGAGGGACCCGACCAGCAUCCGGUCUUUUCCAACACGGAACCAGAUCUGAGCCACAUUCAGCACAUUCCCCUGCGGGAUGAGCACGCGGAGAGCAGCGGCGAUGCCACCACCGAGAUGCUGCGGGAGCAACAGCAACACGAACAGGAUCAGCAGCAGAACGAGCUGAAUCAGAUCUCCAACGAGCAGGACGACGUGGUCAAGGAUCUCAACAAUUUCCGACAUCCGGCCACACUCAUAACGGCCAGCAACAGCAACAGCGAGGAGAACGUCGAAAUCGAAAGUGACAAACAAGUUGAGACAACGACGGCAGCAGCAGCCACAACAACAACCACCACUGCGGCAACAGCAACAGGUACACCAGCAACAGGUACGCCAGCAACAUCCAACAGUUCGACAGAGGCCACCGUCCAGAGCGAGCGCGAAGAAGAUCCCUAUCAUGUGCAUAUACUGUCCGAGAAUCAUGAUCGCCUGGCCGAACACGAAGAUUAUCAAAUGCUCUCGACCAGCACCGAGGAGUCGUCCCCAGCAACUUCCACCAGCACCAGCACCACCACCACCACAGAGUCGGGAAUUGUGGCUGGUAUUGUUGUCAGCCAGGAGAACAAGGCAACCGCUGAGCCAUCAACUGCAACCGAGUCAACAUCCACAUCCACAUCCACAUCCACAACAACAGCAGCAACUUCGUCCACAUCGCGAGCACGCGCCAUGCAUAUGAAUGAGCCAGAAAAUGAAGCGGCCACCACAAUAAUGCCGGACAGCGCGUCGGGGCCAGUGAUUAACAUUGUUGAAGGACAACACAUGCUGCAGCAGGAGCGGGAGGAGGCGGAGAAGGAGGAGGAGCUGGUGGUCAAGGAGUUGGAGAGCAGCUCCACCACCGAAGCCUCGACCACCACCACCGAGCCAUCGCCAUUCGUGGCCUUCGCCGGCGAGGGACGUUCGGCGGGUGGCGGCGAUGAUGUGGAGCUGUUCCUGCACCACAAUGCCAGUACCCACGACCAGAUCAUGGACCUCAGCGAUGUCAGCAUGGAUGGGGACCAGAACGAGAGCAGCAGCAGCACCACCACUAGCACAACCACAACUAGCACCACAUCCACCACGACCACUGCCCAGCCGGAAACGGAAAUGCCGAAAAUCGUGGAAAUCACCGCCAGCGGAGAUACCAUGCACCGCGAAUGCUUGGCCGACAACAAGAGCUAUAAGCACGGCGAACUGAUGGAGCGGGAGUGCGACGAGCGGUGCACCUGCAACCGCGGCGACUGGAUGUGCGAGCCCAGGUGCAAGGGACUGAGCUAUCCCCGCGGCAGCCAGCGCAGCAUGGCCAAUCCCAACUGCCUCGAGAAGGUGGUGGAGGAGGACGAGUGCUGCCGGGUGAUGGAAUGCAGUGAGCCGCUGCUGGAGCCCACAGUGGUGUCCACUGAGGGUGCUGCACCUUCCACUGAGAGAACAGGAGAGGCUUCUGUGACCCUGCCCCCGAGCGAAGAUGAAGCCACGCCCAAGCCGCGCAGUGAUUGCCACUAUAUGGGCGGUGUCUACAAGUUCCGGGAGCGACUGGAGAUCGGAUGCGAGCAGAUCUGUCACUGCGCCGAAGGAGGCGUCAUGGACUGCAGGCCGCGAUGCCCGGAAAGAAACCACACUCGGUUGGACAAGUGUGUGUAUGUGAAGGAUCCCAAGGACGUGUGCUGCCAGCUGGAGCUGUGCGAUGUCACCCUGGACGAUCAUGAACAGCAGCCAACGCCGCUGCAGAGCAACAACAGCGAAGAUCCCGAGGAGCCCAAUCCAUAUGGCUUCCAGGAGCAGGCUCGCGAGGCUGGAGGGGCCAAGCCCACCUGCAACUUUAAGGGUUCCGAGUACGAAGUGGGUCAGCAGUUCCGCGAUGGCUGCGAUCAGUUGUGCAUUUGCAAUGAGCAGGGAAUUCACUGCGCCAAGCUGGAGUGCCCCUCGAACUUUGGCCUGGAUGUCCAGGAUCCGCACUGCAUCCGCUGGGAGCCGGUUCCGGCGGACUUCAAGCCCUCGCCGCCGAACUGCUGUCCCGAGAGCAUGCGGUGCGUGGACAAUGGCACGUGUAGCUACCAAGGUGUCCAGAUCGAGAACUGGUCGCCUGUGCCCGCCAACUUGACAGGCUGCGAUCAGCAUUGCUAUUGCGAGAAUGGACGAGUGGAGUGCCGGGCAGCUUGUCCUCCAGUUCCCGCACUUCCUCCAGCUGACUUGCCCUGCCACCCGGCCUUGGCCCGCCUGCUGCCCAUUCCCGAUGACGAGUGCUGCAAGCACUGGUCCUGUGCCCCCCAAAUCCCAAAAAUUGGAGCUGCUGGUCAGGAUGAAGAGGAGGAAGCAACCUCAACCCAUUCCUCAAUCCCAGCAAAUGAAACCACAACAACGACAGCUACAGCAAAUGUUUCGACGACUAUACCUAGCAAAGCGCCUCAAAUCAAGAAGGAUGAGGAUAAAAAGUCAUCCGCAGGUGGAGCCUUCUAUCCCACCCUGGAUGGCAAGCCACCCAAGUCGAUUGGCGGUCUGGGGAUCUUCGAGAAGCCCGAGAAACCCGAAAAGGGCCACAAGAAGGUUCAGCAUCAACAGCAGCAACACCAGCAACACCAGCAACAGGAGCAGCAGCAACACCAGAAUGAUGUCAUUUUCGAUGGUGAUCGCACAGAGGAGCAGGAAGGACCUUUGCCACCGAACGGCGGAUUUGUGCCCUUCCAAUUCGGCCACCAGCAUCCGCAUCAGCAACAUCUGGGCCCCUUUGGAUUCUACAAUCCCGUGAAGCCCGUCUACGAGGACUAUAACCCCUACGAGCCGUACGAUGUCAAUCCCAAUGGUACGCCGCAGGGUAAACCACCCCCGGUGCCCACUAGUCAGUCCGAUUUGUUCAACAUACUGGGUGCUGAUCAACCAGGACAACAGGGUCAUCCCGGACAUCCUGGUCAUCCUGGACCUCCAAUUCAUCCUGGACAAACGCAAAAAGACAAUCACAAUCUGGGGCCACAAGUGAGAAUCGAACAGAUACUGCAGCACCUGCAGCAAACUGUUCCAGGUGGACCACCACCUCCGCCCCACCAGCAGCAACAUCCACAACAGCAACAGACACCGCAGCAACAUCCCGGUCAUUAUGUGCCAAUUGUGCACAGUGGAGUGCCGCCACCGCCACCAGGACAUGGCAUUGCCAUUGUCGAUGGCCAGACAGUGGCCUACGAAAGCUAUCCGGUGAUCCCUGGAUUGGGAGUUCCGCCCCACCAUCCGCAGCAGCAUCAGACGACCCCGCAGCAACACCUGCAGCAGACAAUCCUGCCCAGCUCGAGCACCACCUCGGGACUUUCCACGCAGGCCAGUGAGCACAGUCUGCACCAGAACCAGGACAAGCUGUCCAAGCAGCAGCAGUCAGGAGCUAGCAACCUACAGCCCGACAUCGAAGUUCAUACCCUGGAGGCCAUCGAUCCCCGAUCCAUUCGCAUCGUCUUCACCGUUCCCCAGGUCUAUGUGAACCUCCAUGGACGCGUGGAGCUGCGCUACUCGAAUGGACCUAGCAACGAUACCUCCACCUGGGAGCAGCAGAUCUUUGCACCGCCCGAGGACCUUAUUGCCACCUCCCAGAUGGAGUUCGAUCUGCCCAGUCUUGAACCGAACUCCCUGUACAAGGUGAAGAUCACCCUGAUUCUUCGCGAUCUGAACUCGCAACCCACAAGCAGUGUGUACACCGUGAAGACGCCUCCAGAAAGAACCAUCACGCCUCCACCUCCGUUCACCGAUUAUAGGCCAGACUUCCAGGACAUCUUCAAGAACGUUGAGGAUCCCGAACUGACGGUCAGCGAAACGAAUUCCAGCUGGUUGCAGUUGACGUGGAAGAAACUGGGUGACGACCAGAUGGAAUAUGUGGACGGAGUUCAACUGCGCUACAAGGAGCUGACGGGCAUGAUCUACUCCUCCUCCCCGCUGAUCCAUCGCACCUUGACUAGCUACACCAUCCAGAAUCUCCAGCCUGAUACGGGCUACGAGAUCGGACUCUACUACAUUCCAUUAGCCGGACACGGAGCGGAGUUGCGCGCCGGACACAUGAUUAAGGUGCGAACUGCCCAGAAGGUUGACGUGUAUGGCUUCGAUGUCACCGUUAACGUAACUAAAGUCAAGACACAGAGUGUGGAGAUCUCAUGGAAUGGAGUGCCCUAUCCGGAGGACAAGUUCGUGCACAUUUAUAGGGCCAUCUACCAGAGCGACGCUGGCAAGGAGGACUCUAGCGUUUUCAAGGUGGCCAAGCGGGACAGCACCACUGGUACCCUGAUCAUGGAUCUCAAACCAGGCACCAAGUACCGCCUCUGGCUAGAGAUGUACCUGACCAACGGCAACACCAAGAAGAGUAAUGUGGUCAACUUCAUUACAAAGCCAGGUGGUCCAGCCACACCGGGCAAGACUGGCAAACUUUUGACCGCGGGCACGGACCAGCCUGUGGGCGAUUACUACGGCCCUCUUGUGGUAGUUUCAGUGAUCGCCGCCUUGGCGAUCAUGUCUACUCUGGCCCUGCUACUGAUCAUCACCAGGAGACGGGUGCACCAAACGGCGUCCAUUACGCCACCACGAAAGAGCGACGCUGCCUACGAUAAUCCCUCAUACAAGGUGGAGAUCCAACAGGAGACUAUGAAUCUGUAACUGACUCAAAUACCUAGUUUAAAUCAGAUUCUUGUAAAUAUUGAAGGAAAUAGAAACGGAAGAAAAACUCAGUGUCAGUAAAAAAGUAUAAGUUAAAAUCCAGAAUCAAUCAGAUUAAAUCAGAUGGAGAGUAAACAAUUUUCUUAAUCCGGCGCAAGAUCAAAAAAUUUGUUCAAAUCGGAAUCGCCGCCAUGUUGUACGUAGUGGUUAAGUAAUCUAAAAACACACAUCUUUUGUUAAACAAUUUGUGACUUGUGUAAAUAGAGAGAGAGUGAGACAGAAGGAAACACCCUAUGGAAGAACUAAUUGAAAAAGCUCCACAACUAAAAUUGGCCUCGCUGGGCGCAUCGAUUCUUCUAGCGAUUUCGAAAUGCAUACGAGUUUAGUUAGUUUAACUUGUAAAUUUUAGCUUUACACUUAUCAUAAUUAAAAGGCGCAUCAACAGAACCAGCAACGACAGCAAUAUUUGGCACAAUGAUGCGUUCUUUAAUUAACAGUCCAUAAAUAUUUAAAUUAGCUUGUAAAACGUACAGAGAUAUGCAUAUGUAUGUGUGUAUGAAUAAAUAAAGAAAAGAUAAUAAAACCAUAAAA